GACAUCCAUUUACGUGUGUAUUAUGUCAAUGGCUAGCCCUUGCAUUGAGCUUUGUACACAGACUUCAAUAUGCCUGGCUUGGCUCAUUCAACGAACAAGUAAAAUAAUGGUGAUCUUGUAAGGGAAAAGCAUAUUUCGUGCUCCGAUGAAUGGUCGUGGGCAUCAGAUAUCAACCUUGCAUAAAAGCACCGAAAAAAUGUAUUUAGCUGACGACUGUGAGCAGUUAAUUUGAAACGUAAACAUAAGCAGAAUCACCUAUUCUUGGCAGCUUAGCUGAGCAGCAAUGCAAUGCAAUGCAUGAUGUUUUCUUCCCUGACAAGUUGAAGUUCAAUUCAACGUGAGCCCAGCCAGAUCCAGAGCCCCAGUUGUUGAUCAAGCAAGUAAUUUACCUUGGAAGAGUGGAAUAGAUCUAGAUGUAAUCAACAGCACCAUGAAUAGGCAGACAUUAUAUUAAAAAUCGUCCAACGUGCAUGACGAGGCAGCAGAAGUGACUAGGUUUUUACCACUUUUAAGUUUUGGGAGAAAGUGGCUAUCUGCAGUAAAGAUUUGAACAAAGAGAGUUGAAGUGAAGACAAAAUUAAGGAAAAUAGCAUUUUAAUACAACUAAUAAGUAUUAGUCCAUCAGUUUUUUUUUAAAUUGUGAGCAGCAGAGCGUGAAAAUCCUGUUUCUUCCUUUGCCUUUGGCUUUGGCUUUGUUUGACCGUGUUUGAAAACAACCAGUGCAAGUUCGUGAAGAUGGAGGAGGAUGAGGGAUUUAUGAUGGGAGAAGAAGACGAGCUUGGAUUUGAUGAUGAUGAUGAUGAUGCAGGAUCAAGUGACUUUGGAGACCAUUUUGAGAUGGAGGAGGACGACGGUUCAUACAGUCGAGAUCGAGAGGAUAUCGACGAUUUCCAGUAUCAAGUGUUAACUCCGGACGAUAUUGUGCAAUUAAUGGUUGAUACAAUACGUGAAGUCAACAAUGUUGUAAAGAUUCCAGCAACUGUGACAAGGAUACUUCUAAACCACUUCAAAUGGGACAAGGAGAAGUUAAUGGAGCGGCUAUAUGGUGGCGACCCUGAUGCAGUCUUUACAGAGGCACAUGUCAUCAGCCCAUAUAGGAAAAACUACGCAAAACAACCAAAGGUUAACACAAGGUCAUCAGUUGCUGUGACAGAGUACUGUGAAAUCUGCUUCAGAACUGUUCUAGGAUCAUCGAUGACAGGUAUUGAGUGCAACCAUAAAUUCUGUGCAGAUUGCUGGACAGAGUAUCUUACAACCAAGAUCAUGGAGGAAGGCAUGGGCCAGACUAUAACCUGUGCAGCUCAUGGAUGUGAUAUCCUUGUAGAUGACAUCACUGUUAUGAAAUUAGUGAAAGAGUCGAAAGUGAAACUGAAGUAUCAGCACCUGAUAACCAACAGCUUUGUGGAGUGCAAUCGUUUGAUGAGAUGGUGCCCCGCCCCAGACUGCCCUAAUGCAUUCAAAGCUAACCACAUAGAACCCCACCCUGUUACCUGUAUCUGUGCACAUACAUGCUGCUUUGUCUGUGGUGAGAACUGGCAUGACCCUGUCAAGUGUUCGUGGCUCAAGAAAUGGAUCAAGAAAUGUGAUGAUGACAGUGAGACUUCAAACUGGAUUGCAGCUAACACCAAAGAAUGUCCCAAGUGUCAUGUGACCAUAGAGAAGGACGGCGGAUGCAAUCACAUGGUUUGUCGCAACCAGAACUGCAAGGCCGACUUCUGUUGGGUGUGUCUAGGACCGUGGGAACCCCAUGGAUCAUCAUGGUACAACUGCAAUAGGUAUGAUGAAGAUGAUGCAAGGAAAGCAAGAAACAACCAAGCAUACAAAUCGUGGGAAAAUGUUCAGCGAUCGAGGCAGGCGCUAGAGAGGUACCUGUUCUACUGCAACCGCUACAUGAAUCACAUGCAAAGUUUACGAUUUGAGAAUAAGCUUUACGCCCAGAUAAAGCGCAAGAUGGAGGAGAUGCAGCAGCAUAACAUGUCAUGGAUCGAGGUCCAGUUCUUGAAGAAGGCUGUAGAUGUCCUGUGCCAAUGUCGCAGUACCCUCAUGUACACUUACGUCUUUGCAUUCUACCUCAAAAAGAACAACCAGUCCCUUAUAUUUGAGGAGAAUCAGAAGGACUUGGAGAAUGCGACAGAGACUUUAUCAGAGUACCUAGAAAGAGAUAUCACCUCGGAUGCCCUGGCAGAAAUCAAGCAGAAAGUACAAGAUAAAUCAAGGUACUGUGAGAGCAGAAGAAAGGUGGCACUAGAACAUGUCCAUGAAGGAUAUGAGAAGGAUCUCUGGGAGUAUUACGAUGAUUGAAUACCGGUAGCAGCCAGAGUAGCAUCUAGGAAGUGACUAUUUUAUCCAUUGUAGGAGGAUUAAGAGAAACGUUAAUGACUUCCAUCUUUACUUUCCAAAAAACUUGUUUGUUAUGUGCAUCUUAUUAGCAUAAGGAGAAAGUUCAAAUGUUUUUCUUCAUGUAUCUGUAACGUUGCGUUUGUUCGUUUCAUCCCCCUGCCAAGUCAUCUAUUUGCAUUUCUGCUUUCAUAUAUUACUCAUAAAAGGAACUAUUAGGAUUCUACCGUAUUUGCCGGCGUAAAGGCCACAGUAUUUUUGGAAGAGAAAAUAUCAAAAAGUCGGGGUGCGGCCUUUACGACGAAACAGA